AUGUCACAGUCCCGUGAGGACGAAGAUACCGACAUGGCCAUUUCUUAUGCAAGCCGGCCCCCGGUUGGUCAUUCUCAGCAACUUCCUUCUUUCCGCGAGCUUCUCCCACCUCACCUUCAUGACGAGAUCGAUUCUUCCACAUAUUAUAACUCGCGACAAUCACAUGAGCGUCCUGGUUCCGGACAUGGACAUGAAAUGGCCGACCCUCGCUCUAUGCCUGGAUAUCCCAACCAAUCUCCCAAAGCACCAUACAGAGAACAUGGUCAUGAAUAUACAACUCGGUCCGGGGAACAUCCACCAUCGAUGGGAGACCAUUUAUCUAUGCGUCUAGGCGAAAGUUCCGCGCGUGGUCCCAGUCCUAUUCUCCCACCGAUUCGAGACUUGCAAUCCAUGCCAGAGAGGAAGGUUUACCAAGAGAGAAUGGCCCCACGCUCUGAGCCUUACACACACGAAUAUCGAGCUCAGCCCCCCAUCCCAGCUCCCAUGGUCGACCGCAGAGCCGCAGAUCAAUACCCAGCCCCCAUAAUGCAUGCACAGCAGUAUGCCCACCCUAUGGCUUACCAGGGUGAACCCGAACAAUUGUCGCCUCCUAUGAUGGCACAUCCUCAACAGACGAAUUUUGGUGUUAUGAGUGAUGCGAUCGAUUCAAAGAGUAAACGUCGUCGUGGUAAUUUGCCGAAACCUGUUACGGAUAUCUUGAGGGCUUGGUUUCAUGAUCAUUUGGAUCAUCCUUAUCCUAGUGAAGAGGAUAAGCAGAUGUUUAUGACUCGUACUGGGUUAUCAAUUAGUCAGAUCAGCAAUUGGUUUAUUAAUGCUCGGAGGAGACAACUCCCUGCUUUGCGUAAUCAAAUGCGAACUGGUGCUGAUGACUCCUCGCGACAUUCACCUUUCAGCGAUGUUGACCAAGGCUCCGACCUAGCCUCGCCUCAUCAUUAA